AUCAAUCAUCUUACUGUCAUGGAUUCUAAAAUACUUUAUUUAUUGACUCUUAUCAUGCCCUUUUUCCUUCUCAUCAUUGUAACACUGAAAAUAAGGAGGAAUGUUAAGAAAACCGAGUCACCUCCAAACAUACCAGGACCAUGGAAGCUACCUAUUGUAGGAAAUAUACCUCAUCUAGUUACAUCAACACCACAUAGAAAACUAAGAGAUUUGGCCAAAAUAUAUGGACCAUUAAUGCAUCUGCAACUUGGGGAGAUCUUCGCAAUCAUAGUUUCUUCUGCAGAAUAUGCUGAGGAGAUAAUGAAAACCCAUGAUUUGAACUUUUCGUCAAGGCCCCGCAUGCUACUUACAGAUAUAGCAUCUUAUGGUUACACAAAUAUUGCUUUUUCACCUUAUGGAAAUUAUUGGAGACAGGUACGAAAAAUAUGCACAGUAAAGUUUUUGUCCCAAAAACGUGUCAACUCAUUUCAACCACUAAGAGAAGAAGAGUUCAUCAAUCUUGUUAAGACAGUUGCUUCACAUAAUGGGACCCCCGUCAACUUCACAGAAACUGUAUCUUCAUCAAUAUAUAAUAUCAUAUCAAGAACUACGUUUGGCACAAAAUGCAAAGACCAAGAAGAACUCAUAUUGUUUUUAAAAGAAGCAGUGCCAGUUGCAGCAGGAUUGACCAUAGGAGAUUUGUUUCCUUCUGCUAAAUGUCUUCAAUUUGUUACUGGUUUAAGGCCAAAGAUUUGGAGGCUGCAACGAGGAAUUGAACGGAUACUCGAAAACAUCAUCAAUGAACACAAAGAAGCUAAGUCAAAAGCCAAAGAAGAGCAUGAAGAUUUGGUAGAUAUCCUCCUAAAAUUCCACGAUGGUAAUGAUAAUAACCAGGACAUUUUCUUAACUGUUAACAAUAUCAAGGCUAUUAUACAGGAUAUCUUUGGCGCUGGAGGUGAAACGUCAUCAAAUGCCAUAAAUUGGGCAAUGGUAGAGAUGGUAAAGGAUCCAAAAGUAAUGAAGAAAGCACAAGUUGAAGUGAGAAAGGUAUUCGAUAGAAAAGGAAGGGUAGAUGAAAGUUGCAUUGAUGAGCUCAAAUAUUUGAAAUCAAUUGUCAUGGAGACCUUAAGGUUACAUCCCCCAGCUCCUCUUUUACUUCCAAGAGAAAAUGGACAAGCAUGUGAGAUACGUGGGUAUCAUGUACCAGUCAAAAGUAAGGUAAUUAUCAAUGCAUGGGCAAUUGGAAGAGAUCCAAACUAUUGGAUUGAACCAGAAAAAUUUUAUCCAGAGAGAUUUAUUGAUAGGUCUAUGGACUACAAAGGGAGUAAUUUUGAAUACAUUCCAUUUGGUGCUGGAAGAAGAAUAUGCCCAGGCAUCACCUUUGCUUCAGUAAAUAUUGAACUGGCCCUUGCCUUCUUGUUGUAUCAUUUUGAUUGGAAGCUUCCAAAUGGAAUGGAAAGUGAGGACUUGGACAUGACUGAGGAAUUUGGAGCAGCUGUCAGAAGAAAGGAUGACCUAUACUUGAUACCCAUCACUUCUCGUCCUUUACUGGGAACAAGUGGAUAGUAGGGAUGUAAACAAUGCAAGAGUAGGCAUAGAAGGAUGAGUAGGAUUCAAUGCCAAGAUCAAGAAGUCCAACAUCUUUGUUGUAACAUGCCUUAGUGUUUGCUGAAUAAUUGGUUAGUAAACCAAGUCUUUAAGAGAUGUUACUGUGAUAUUUUGUUGAGCAUUAAUUUCUGGAGUUUCUUUUUUCAUUUUUUCAGUUAAGAUUUAGCUCUUUAUAAAAGUAGUACCAUGAUUGUAAUGAGUGUGCUUAUUAUAGCUAUAAAUUUAAGUUUUGUGUUUC